AUGAAAAAAGUAUUUAAAGAUAUUACCAGUAUCAGAAAAAAGAAUAUCAAGAUAACCAUACACAAGGAAAGCCAUCGUCAAACACUGAUAAGGUGGAUAUACGAGGUUUGCAUGGAUUUUAGAUAUACAUUUUAUACGUACCUUAGAACCGUUAUGCUUGUAGAUCGAUACAUACGCACAAUAAACGCAACAACUGAUGAUUAUCAAUUGAUUGGAGUUAGUUGUUUGUUUAUAUGUGCUAAAAUAGAAGAGACAACAACCAGACCAAUAAAAUCAUAUGAAAUGGUUACAGAAAAUUCCUGUAAAGUAGAAGAAAUACUCAUUAAAGAAAAUGAAAUUCUAGAACAAAUGGACUACUCAUUAAACUACCAACUACCACUAGACUUUGAAAGACAAGUUCAUCUGAGAAAAAUUGAUAAAAAUGCUGAAAUAGCAUCUGAAUUACUAAAAACUAUUAUUUCAGCUCUUUAUGAAAAAUACUGUAGUAGAGAAAGUAAUUAUACUAUUUAUACACAAGCAUUAAGAAUAUCAGAACGGAUUGUUAAAUUUAAAGUAAUAGAAUCACCAUUUGAUUUCUAUAUCAAUAAUAACCCUAAGUUAGAAGCAUUGUUUAAUAAAAAAAAUCAAUAA